UUGUGCGGCUUAAGUAGCUCGUGAUAGGUUCUAUUUGUGUGUAUAUACAUAGAAAUAACGAUUCAAAUCGAAAAAAUGGUGGUUGAGAAGUGGAAGCAGAGUGGGAUUGCCACUAAAUUUCCCACUUAUCGCAAUUCGGCUUUGGUCACUGUCGACACCUGGCAGAAGGGUAAAAGGGCGGACGAUGAGGCCGAGGGCCUGUGGCGCAUCCACGAUGGCAUCUACGAUUUUACGGAGUUCAUCGAUAAGCAUCCGGGCGGCCCAUUCUGGCUACGCGAAACCAAAGGCACCGACAUAACCGAAGCCUUCGAAGCACACCAUCUGACGACGGCGCCUGAGAAGAUGAUUGCCAAGUACAAAUUGAGGGAUGCGAAAAGGCCACGCACCUACACGCUGACUCUGCACGAGGAUGGCUUCUACAAGACGCUCAAGGAGCGAGUCCGUGAGCAACUGAAAACCGUUGACAAGCGACCAAAGCGCAAAAGUGAUCUGAUUCAUCUGGGCAUUUUGCUGUCCACCUAUCUGUUUGCCGUGGCCAGUGUUCGCUUCGACAGUCUGCUGGCGUUGAUACUUGCUGGCGUCGCUCUCUGUUGGACGGUGAUUGUGUCGCACAACUAUUUCCAUCGUCGCGACAAUUGGCAGAUGUACACCUUCAAUCUGGGCAUGAUGAACUUCUGCUCGUGGCGCAUCUCACAUGCCCUGUCUCAUCAUAUCUAUCCCAACUCCUACAUGGAUCUCGAGCUGAGCAUGUUUGAGCCUCUGCUCUGCUGGGUGCCCAAUCCGCACAUCAAGAGCAAAGCACUGCGCUAUGUCUCCUGGAUAACGGAACCAAUCGCUUAUGCAAUUGCCUUCUUCAUCCAAAUGGGCACGCGUAUAUUCUACUCGCUGCGCCACACAAAUAUAAUGUAUUGGCACGAUCUGCUGCCGCUCUCCAUACCGCUGGCCAUGUACUGUGGAUCGGGUGGUGAAGCUGAUGUGUUAGCCUGCAUACUCCGGUGGCUAUCGAUGACGUCAAUCGCCAGCUUUGCCUUUUGCGUUAUCGGUCUGAAUGCGGCACACCACGACCCAGAAAUCUAUCACGAGGGCGACGCAAAUCGUGAGGAUCGCGACUGGGGCCUCUUCCAGGUGGAUACCAUCAUCGAUCGCGGGGAUCUGAAGUGGUCACAGUUUCUGGUGCUCACACAUUUUGGUGAUCAUGUACUGCAUCAUCUGUUCCCCACACUCGAUCAUGGACUUCUGCCCGCCCUCUAUCCCGUUCUCUACGAGACCCUCAACCAGUUCAAGGGCCAGUUGAGGGAAUGCAAUCACAUCGAACACAUCAUUGGCCAGCACAAGCAACUGUUGCGCACCGUAUCCAAUACUAGAGCACCUGGAGCAGCCAAAUAGGAUAUAUGUAUAUAAAUUUUAAAUUCCUUGACUAUCCAAAAUUCUCACCUAAACAUGACAAAAGCCAAAUAAUCAAAUCGAAAUGUGAUCAUUUUAUUGGUUAGAUCAAUAUCCUUAGAUCUGUUCAGUUGGCCCGCUUUCAAUUAAAACAAGUGAAGGAACAAAUUUUUUUAAAAUUGAUUUACAUUUAUUUUGUUCCUUUUUUGUAUACUUUUUUAAGUGUAGUUUUGAUCUUUUCUUAUAAUGUGUUGAUAAGAUUAAAAAAUUGAACAUAAA